CAGCAAAGAAAAAAAAUCUAUAAAUGGUCACUCCUACUUUCAUGUACUUCUGUGGAAAAGAAGAAAAAGUUGGCAGAGGAAAUUCGAUGGAAGCGAAAAGAUUUUUCGCUAUUAUCUUGGCUCUUGUGUCCUUAACAGGUGCAUUUUCGGCUACGUUUACAUUUAAAAACGAUUGUGAAUACACGGUAUGGCCAGGAACAUUGACAGGGGGUGGAUCCCAAUUAUCUAAAACCGGGUUUGAACUUGCAACUGGGGCAUCAUUAUCCGUAGAUGCUCCAGCUAGAUGGUCAGGACGAUUUUGGGCAAGAACCGGUUGCUCCACUGAUUCAUCCGGGAGGUUCAACUGUGCCACUGCAGAUUGUGCUUCCGGUAAAAUUGAAUGCAAUGGUGCUGGCGCUAUUCCGCCAGCAACACUACUUGAAUUCACUCUAAACGGUGAUGGUGGCAAAGAUUUUUACGAUGUUAGCCUUGUUGAUGGUUACAAUUUGCCCGUCUCUAUUACUCCACAAGGUGGGUUAGGUGGUUGUAGCUCGACUGCAUGCAUGCAUAAGAUAAACCCGAUUUGCCUACCAGAAUUAAGCGUCAAGGGUGCAGAUGGCAGUGUAAUUGCUUGUAAAAGUGCUUGCGAAGUAUUCCAACAACCUCAAUACUGCUGUACCGGUUCUCACAAUACUCCUGCGACUUGCCCUCCGACGGAGUACUCAAAACUCUUCAAAGAUGUUUGUCCUCAAGCUUAUAGUUACGCGUACGAUGAUAGAUCAAGUACAUUUACUUGUGCUUCUGGUGGUAAUUACGUGAUUACAUUCUGCCCCUAAAAGGAAAUCUAGGGUACUCUCUUCUACUUGAAUGAAUGAAUGAAUAAAUCAGAGAAGGCUUGUUUGCUAAAAUCAAGUCUUUUCAUCUUAUGGUUUUAAGUUUUUUAUCAACUGAUGUUUCAGUUUUCUCUAUUAUGGGUCAUUAGAUCUUUCAGUGAGUGUUUCUAAAUAUAUAUCAAUAAUAUUAUUAUUGCCAUUACAAUUUGGAUAAUAUAAGGCUUUUC